AUGCUGUUACGUCGCCAAAGUUUCCUGAAUGGUUGCGGUCACCGAACAUUGUGUCUUAAUGCUUUACGCCCAAUUGAAACAAAUAGCCGUUAUGUUGAUUUGGAUCCUAUGUUUACAUUUUGCUUUGCACUAUCCGUAGUUGGUCGCCGAGCACACGCAGCUGCAGCACAUAAUCGCCAUGCAAACGCGGCCGAAUCAUUCCUUUAUGGGCUACAUGCGCUUUUCAAAGGAGACUUCAGAAUAACAUGUCAACGUGAUGAAUGGAUAUUCGCCGAUAUGGACCUGUUACGGUGUGUUGUGGCACCGGCCGUACGAAUGGCGCUUAAGCUACACCAGGAUCAUUUUGCAGCCGGUGAUGAUUUCGAUGAUGCACCACUGCUCUAUGAACGUAUCACGCAUCAUUUAUCACGGUUGUUUAUAUCGCAUGAGCACGAUCCUGCAUGGAGAAAAGCGAUUAUAGCAAAUACCCCGACUCUAGUAAUAAAGCUAAAUCGCGAAUGUGUUCGAGCGUUCUGGGCUGGGCAGCAGCAAGAAUUGAUUUUCUUGCGUAAUCGUAAUCCAGAAAGAGGAUCAAUACAAAAUGCUCGCCAAGUUUUGAGGAAUAUGAUUAAUAGCAGCGCGGAUCAGCCAAUUGGUUAUCCAAUAUAUGUUUCACCGCUGACCACUUCAUUUGUUGAUUCACAUGCACAUAUACGCUCAAUGAGUAUGCCACCGGUCACAUUUGAACUCAUUUUACGAUCACUUCGCUUCAUAUGGAAUUCACUGAGAAUGCAUUUUGGUACCAGUGGUAGCAGCAGUAUGCCUGUGCAGGUGGCAACCUCGCCUUAUUUAUAA